CACUUGGCACUCUUUGAAUCCGGUCUGAAUAUUUGUGUUUCGCGUCGACUGUAGAAAUAUUGGAAUUAUAAAAUGAAACAGCUACAAAUAUCGUUCCUUCUGUGGCUAACAACUUUAACAGCUGGUCAGCAGGUGCCACCUAUUGCCUGUCCACAGUACUUUGAGUAUCUAUCCUUUAAUCGGGAGUUUGUGGGUCGCAUUACCAUACAACAUGAUCCACAAUAUCAGGAAAAUACAGUCAGGGUGGAGUUCUCACAACGCGGUCUUCUCGGUUCGAGUUACGUUGGCAGCUUGUCACUCUGGGAUGACGAGGAGACAGUCAAGUAUAAGCUGCGGAAUGGACAUCCCAUUCAAUAUCGCGUGGACUUUCCCACACCUGGAGUACUGCCCAAGUUGACGCUCCUGAUGAUCAACGAUGACGUUCUUUGCAGAGCCUCUCCAUAUCCUCCCAGCAGCGUUAGUCUCUCUCUGUCGCACUCACUGCGCUCCACCACGGUACCACUGUUCAGUGCAGGUCCACAAAGACCGCAGUUCAUUCCCCAGUUUCCACGGCAAGAUCAAGGCCCGCAGCGACCCACGUGGCAACAGGAAGACAGACGCGUUCCUCAAGCGCCAGUUCCCGCUCCAGUUCCAGUUCCAGCUCCACAGCCUGUGGCAACUCCCGCUCCAGCGCCUGCACCAAGACCUGCCAGUCCCAGGCCAACAACAGCUCCAGUCACUGGUGGCCAGGACCUCGUCCAGCUGAGUGGCAUCUGUGGACGGGAGAAGUCCGUCACUUCCCCGCUCAUCUUCCAUGGGACUCAGGUGGCCCGAGGUCAGCUGCCCUGGAUGGUUGCUCUGUUCGAGCGUGUGGAGAAUGGCAUCUCCUUCUUCUGCGGUGGCACACUUAUUUCCGCCUCCACUGUGGUGAGCGCAGCACAUUGUUUCCGCUUCGGGAGUCGCGAUCUGCCGGCGAGUCGAGCAGCAGUCUCCCUCGGCCGCAACACCUUGGAUCUUGUGUCGGCAGGGGAACUGAGACAGGUCUCAGUGCUGACAAUCCAUGAGGAGUAUACGCCCGAUAAUUACACAGAUGCCGAUAUAGCGCUACUCAGGCUGGCAUCUCCAGUAAGUUUUGGCGACUACAUCAAGCCGAUUUGCCUGUGGAACGAGAACUAUCUUCUGCAGUUGCCCUCGGGCCACAGGUCCUAUGCGGCAGGUUGGGGCGCCGAUGAGCUCGGCAAUGCGAAUACCCGACUGGCCAAAAUGACGAACACGGAUAUUGUCACCGAAACGGAGUGCUUGCGUCGUCUUGCGGAAAGCAGCAAGCGAGUGACGUCCCGUACAAUUUGUGCUAUUAACAAGCAAGGAGCAGGUCCUUGCACCGGCGACUCUGGAGGCGGACUCAUGUUGCAGGAAAACGAUGUGUGGCUGCUACGGGGCGUAAUAUCGGCGGGAUCACCUAGUCUGGCCAAUCGCUGUGAUCUGUCGAAGCCCGUGAUCUACACGGAUCUGGCAAGGCACAUCACUUGGCUGCGACAGCAUAUGUGGUUCUAAGUUCACUUCUUUGUAUACCCUUGUAGAGGGUAUUCUCAUUAUUAUUACAAAUUUACAAGCUAGUCUCUUAGUUUUUGAAGCUCUUUUGAUAAGACGUGGUUCGGGACCAACUUUUGUCUGCAGGCAGUACAUGUGUGGGAAACGGCCGGAUGGGCUCACCAUGUCGUUUAGCAGUCAUAAAAACAAUUACAGCAAAAUUAAAUUUUAUUUGUUUUUACGAUGCUUAAACUAAGAAGUGUUAUGUAUCCUGACCCAAUGUUUUUUUGAAAUCGCUUCACUUUAAAUAAUAGUUUCCAUAGGAACGAACUGUGACUGUCUUGUCGACUCGAUAAACACAACUUUAAUAUCGGUAAGAUUAGAUUAAGUAAAUAAAUAUAAAUAAAUAACUAAAUAAAUAAAUGAUAUUGUAUUGUUUACACCAACUUACAUCCCCAUA